ACUCUCAGAGCACAUCGACCCACUAUGAGUUGGUUUCACGUUUUCUGUUAGCAGAGCGACCUGCUUUGCAAAUCCAGAGCUUUUGCGUGAUGUUCAGUAAUCAGGGCAUUCAGCAUGUCACUGUUGUUUUUAACAACACAAAGAACUGCUUUCUUCACCUCCCGUCGAAGCUGAUUUCACAUCUUUCCCUGAAUGAGGUAAGUUAGCCUCGCUAGCUCUACAACUAUCAGUGACAAUACUUACAACUAUGUAUUCAGCGUUUGUUGAAGUUUGCUUUUGUUGCUAAUGAAUUUAUGAGGUUGAUUUGUAUUCACUCUAUAGUUUAAGUAAGGUGUAGGUGUACCCCUCAUAUGCAGCGGACCUGGGUUCGAGUUCACAGUCUUCUUUCUGUCAAUAAAGACUUUAAACCCCCAAAAAUGAAUAUAGAAAAAUUCACUGCACUUAGUUACCAGAUACUUCAACCAGCAAAUGUUUCGCUUUGUGUGUCUCACUCAGAACCAGGCUCUGGAGCUGUCCUGGGGUCAUGGAUGUCCUGUGUUCCUCAGCUGGACCCAGAACAGAACCUCCUCAAACCCGGACGAAUGUAAAGUGGAGCUGUGCAGACAGCUGGGAGAGAAGCUGGGUCUGAAAGACGGAGAGCAGGUAUGUUUAUGCUUGAAUCAAGUUAAUCUGAAAUGAAUCUGUCAGCGACUGACUUGUGUGGUCACCUUAGGGCUUCCUGAGACCAUGUCACCAGAUCUCAUCGCUGCAUCAGGUGUUUGUGGAGCCCCUGUCACCUGAUGAUUGGGAGAUCCUGGUAAGUCACUGGCAGGUUUGUCUUACAACAGCUAUGCUCUCAUGUGUCUCUGAUCAAUCUUUGUUUCCUUUGACCCCCUCAGGAGCUCCACAGCGCUGCACUGGAGCAGCAGCUGCUGGAUCAGAUCAGGGUAGUUUUUCAAGAUGCUGUGUUUCCUGUGUGGGUGGACAGCCACACUGCCGUCUACAUCCGAAUAGGUCAGAGUAAAGACAUAUGUGUUGUCAUAUGUUUUACACAUGUAACAAUAUGAGGACAUGGUGUGUGUCAAUGUUUUCAACCUUUGCAUGAAUACAACUUGUCUUUCACCCUGCAGGAUCCCUUUCUCCAUCCGUCCCCUACGGUCGCCUGGAGCAGUUCACUGAACUCGUUGUUUCUCCUAAGAGCCGUGGUGAAACAGACAACCUUCCUUCUCAAGAAAAAGCCAGCCAGGAUCAGCAUUUUCAGCAGCAAAAUCCGGAUCAUUACACCCCCCCAGGACCAUCUUUUGCGACUAUCUCCCCUGUCCCUCAGAGCCACCAGUGGGGUGGCAUCGCAGACAUGAAAAGCCUGCUGCGCUACAUGAUAAAGGGAAGUUAUGAUCUGGUGAAAGAGCCUCCACCUGUGCCUGAAGUCCCUGCUCUAUUUACUGACUCUGCUUACAGGGUGUGCGGCUCUCCUCCUGACUCUCUUUGCACUAUCAGUCAGGUAGCAACAGGUGUGAUUCAUUUAUUUCCUUGGAGUCAGAGCUUCGACACCGACCUAACAGGAGGUCAGCCUCCAGUUACAUACGGGCUGAUCUCCAAAGUUCCCUCCCCGAAAGAAUCGAGGGACAGAGCCAAGGAGGCAAUGGAGAAAAAGAAAAACAUGGUAGCUGUUAAAGCUGCUGCAGACGGAGAAAAGAAUAAGAAGGAAGAGGAAGCCAUCGUGGUCAAGGUGGUUUGUCAUGGUGUUGAGAAGCUAACGGGGAAAGAGAGGAAUCACAGCAAGGGAGAGAUCCACAGUGGAAGAGUGUGGGUAAGUGUGCUGUCCUAAAGAGGAACAGUUCCUUUUUUAUCUUUUGUAACACAAGAUUAACUUAAUGCAACUCUUUACGCUCAGUGUGUCUUUCAUUAAAUUAUCUGAUUGUUUUUAGAUCCCACAACCACUGGCGAUAAGGUUGAAUAUCAUCCCACAUUCAACAGUCAGAAUAAAGCCGGUCAAAGCAGCCAUCAGAGUAGCUCACUCCAUUCGCUUGCAGCCUCUCAAUGCCCCGGUGAGAACUCGAGAGGCAAUAUUAGCUUUAACACAUGGUGGUGUUAUGGGAUUUUCUCAUCAGUUGAUUUACUCCACUAUUAGUCUGUUAACUGCUCUUUUUUCAGAGCUGUUGGUUUAAACAACCUCUCUCCUUUCCGUCCACUUGAUCUUUGACAUUUUUAUUCAGCCCGAAGAGGAUGAUGAGGAGAUCCAGACGACUUUCCUCGGUUGGCUGCACGCUCAGAGUCAUGAACCUUUAGCCUGCCUGACUGCACGCUCUGGCAGCAUCCUCCUACAUGGAAAUGAUGGUGAAUCAUUUUUACUCACUUUUAAAUAGAUUCCAAAGAGGCUCCAAACCACAUUGGGCUUCAAUUUAAAGGAGGAAUAUGAACAACAUUGUCCUGUCACUUUUUUUCUGCUCUGCAGCAAAGUUAGAGUUUGCAUUGACUGUGCUGAAACCAGAACCAGACAGUGACCCUCCAGACCAGCUGUUUUUACUAACAGCUGCUGUUCUGCAGAAACAAGAUAUACAGGUACAAACAUGCAUCUUAUGAAAGGAGAAAACUGUAAACUGAAUAUAUAUGUGCACAGUUUCAUGCAGAGGAUUUUAAAGUUUUGUGAUAAAAGUUCCAACUUUUCAUUGUAUGUCACCAACAGGUGGACCGACAGCAAGCAGAUGUGUCAGCUGGGAAAUGUGCAGCUGAAACACCCAAACUAGAGCUUCCCUCUCUCAGGAGUCUUGGGUAAGUUUGGAGUUUUGAUGAGCGUGUGUAUGCUUUAGACUGAGGACAAGUUUUAAAUGAGAUAAGGCCUUAAAAUGUCUUAAAAACACGUAUUUUACACGUGAGAGGUCUCUAAUUUUAGAUGGCACUUUGACCACUGAGUGAAUGUCUGACUAAACCUAAACUUCCUACCUCAUGGUACUUGAUUAUUUAAAAUCUGACUUUGAGAAUUUUGUUGUUUUUGAGACUGUUUUCUGCAUCCACUCUGAGGCCUCCUCUGUGAUUUGAUGUUUGAUUUGAUUUAUUUGUCCUGUAGGGAGAUUCGUCUUCACUGACAGUACAUUGCACAUCACAGACGACAACAGGCACGACAUACAUACCAACAAUACAUGACAUAAAUAACAACAAUAAUGACAAACUUAAAUGACAACACAAUAGCAGACACACAGAUCAGCGGGGCUUGCUGUUCAGGGUGGCUAUGCCUGCAGGGAUCAAGCUUUUCCCCAGCCGAGCCCCUCUGAACUUAUGUAGUUUCCCAAUCUCAUGUCAUGAGACUUGAUUUUCUUUGUGUAUCCCCCAGACCACUCAGCUUGUCCUGACAAAUGAAUACUAAGUGUUUAUAUUGUGUAGCAGCAGCCCUCUACAGGUUGAAACGUGGUUACUGCAGUUGCUCUUUUCAAGUGGCUGGUGCACAUGCUGCAGAGUAACUCUUAUUUUUAUCUCCAUAACUUGUUUGAUUUGGUAAAAAGGUUUAUUUUUAAUAUUGUUUUCCUGAAUUAGAUAACCAGAAAUUCUUUGAAGGGACAAACAACAAUUUUAGGGGGACUUUAAAAUAUAUAAAAAAGCUUUAAAACUGGAGAUGUAUUGUUUAACAGGGAUACAAAAAAUUGGACGUAUCCGUGUAGAUUGCUGUUUUUCUGCUGCACAGAAAAGACACACUCAUUUUCUUUAUUUGGGUCUUCAAAUGACUUAAAUUUGCAUCAGGACCCUGCAGGAUCCCUCUCAGUCUGUGUGUCUUUCUGCUUCAUCUCCUCCCAGUGGGAUCGAAGAGCUCGGCAGAACCGUGUUUGAGUUCAUCUCCCAUAGCCUUCUGGGUAGUCCCCUUUCAAGAGAGCUCGGUACCCCUGGAAUAGGACUCAAAGGAGGAGCUCUGCUUAUAACUGGUGCUAAGGUAUCCAGUUACUUAACCUUUAAAUACUGUUAAAAACGCAGAUAUCACUACAUGUAACACAACACACAGAUCGAUGAGUAACAGUUGAAGCCUUGCUGUGAUUUUAUCCUCGAUGGCGUGGUUGAAUUUCUGCUGUUUCAUGCAUACUCACAGGGGAGUGGGAAGAGUACCCUGUCUAGAGCUCUUUGUGGUAAAGCCAGAGCUGAUCUGGAUGCACAUGUGGAGGUUGUCGACUGCAUGAAACUUCAAGGUAGAAACAUCCUCCUUUGGCAAACUUUGAGUUAAAGAAAAGCAGCUGAAUGUGUUUCUCAUUGUGUUUGUGGUUUUCUCCUCAGGAAAGAGGGCAGAAACAGUGAGGCAGAUGCUUCAGGAUGUUUUCGAACAGGCAGAGUGGAGACAACCUGCAGUUGUUUUACUCGAUGACCUGGAUCACAUAACUGGGGCGCCAACUUCACCAGAACACGAGCACGGUCCUGAGGCGCUGCUGCAGCUGCACAUAGCCCAGAGUAAAACAUCGACUAUUCAUGUGUUAUAUGUUUUUAUUUUUAUAUCUUUAUUGAUGUAGAUGCACAGACAGGAUUGUGCACAGUCACAGAUCUUGAUGUUGAUCCUUCUGGUCUGUUUACUGCUGCAGGUCUGAAGGAUGUGGUGGACGAUGUAGUGAUUCACUCCAGCCUGGUGUGUCUGAUCAUCACCAGCCAGAGCGAGCACUCCCUCCACCCUUCCCUGACAGAAGUGCAGGGGUCCCACUUCAUACAGGGCUUUGCACACAUCCAGCCACCAGACCAGGUGAAAACACACACAUAUGCACACACAAAACAAGAAGAGACCCUGAAGUCAAAGUAAAAACAAGCAGCAAAACAUUUCGUUUACUUUAUUUUUAGGUGCAAAGAGCAGAAAUCCUGCGCCACCUCAUCAUCAGGAAAGACAGUCUAUCUGAUGACACUUUUCACACCAUAGACCUGGCAGCUGUUGCCAAGGAAACAGAGGGAUACACACCUCAAGACCUGGUACUGCUGUUGGAGCGGGCUGUCCAUGCCAGCACUGCGCAAAAAGGACUCAGCGACCAAGGUAGCAAAUCAACUUAACAUUUCCUGUUACAUUCCCGAGUCAGUAAGAGUCCAGACGCUUUAUAAAAAAAGAAUACACGGUCAUUUUAUUUGAUGCCAGUAACACAGCCUGGUUUUUGGGCCCUCAGGCAGCACUGCAUGUAAAACAGACAUGACUCUGCAGUGGAAAUCACUGCAUGCACAGGUUCAAAAUAACCUCCAAAAACUACAGACUGUUAUCACAGUCAGUCACUGCAGGUUUAAACUGUAACAUAUGAGAGUGUCUGCUAAAUUACAAUGAAGCAAAGAGGAAAUUACAUAUAAACACGACCCCAGGCUCAUUUAAGGUGGACUGAGGUGAUGUCAAAAACUAUUCUGUGGUCUGGAAAAUCUAAAAUGACUUUUUUUAGGGAAUCAUAGAUACUGCAUACUCUGCCUAUAAAGAGGGGGAGAGCACAUUGCUCAAGCGCUCAGAGUUUGGCUCACACGUCUGGAAAGGUUCCAUUGAUGCUGGUUUCUGCAGGUUUUAUAGCAACAUAUGCUGCCAUCUAGACAGAAUUUACACAGAGGAAAAGGCCAAACCACAUUUCACAUGUUUUAGAAAAGCAAGAGUCCAGGUGAUAAAGUGGUCUGUAUGGUGCCCUGAUUUGACACCUCUUGAAAACAUUUGGAGUAUAGAUAGAUAGAUGGAUAGAUAGAUAGAUUGAUAGAAAGAUAGAAAGAACCAUAAAUACAUAGGCAGCACAUCAUCUGACUUUCAUGGAGGCGUUGAUGGAACGGACAGCGUUUGGGAAACAGCUGUUUUGCUGUCUUUUUGUCCUGCCUUUGAUGGCCUUGUCCCCUCAAACAGGGGGUGGCCCAGAUGGGAUGAGUCCUUUAUGAUGUUGGUGGCUCUCCUGACGCAGUAAGAGCUGUGAAGGUCCUCCAGUGUGGACAGAGAGCACCUGAUGACCUUCUCAGUCAUCCUAGUGACCCUCUGGAGGUCUUUCCUGUUCUUUAUUGUGCAGCUAGAAAACCACGUACAGAGGCAGUAUGUGAAGAUGCUCUCCAUGGUGGAACGGUAAAAAGACAUGAGCAGUCUCUGGCAGAUGUUCUUCCUCAGGAGUCGCAGGAAGUGGAGGAUGUAGCUGAGCUUUUUUUACCACCUGUGUGGUGUUCUUGUCCUAGGUCAGUUUCUCCACUAUGACCCCAAGGAAGCGGAAGUCACAGACUCUUUCCACACAGUUCCCAUCAAUGAGAAGGGGCUGCAAGUCUGUUUGUUUUUGUCCUGAAGUCUAUAAUUAGCUCCUUUGUUUUUUAAAGUGUUCAGGAGCAGAUUAUUGACUCUGCACCACACUGUCAGCUGUUGCACCUUUAGGUGGACUCGUCCACUUCGGUGAUGCAGCUUACGACUGUGGUGUCAUCUGCAUACUUGAUGAAGGUGUUGCUGGCAUGAAUGGAGGUGCAGUUUGAGGUGUAAAGGAUGAAAAGCAGAGGUCUCAGCAUGCAACCUUGGGGGGAACCGGUGCUGAGUGUGAGAAGUGAGGAGGUGUGGGGGCCAAUCCAAACCCUCUGUGGGUGGUUUAACAGGAAGUCCUUAAUCCAAAAACAUGUGGAGUGAGGUAGUCUGAGGUUCAGCAGUUUCCUCACAAGACCGUGGGGUAGGAUGGUAUUGAAAGCUGAGCUGUCAUCCACAAAGAGAAGGUGAGCGUCGUUCCCCUGCUUCUGCAAGUGGGUAAGAGCUGUAUGUAGCAUUGCAUUCACAGCAUCCUCGGUUGACCUGUUUGCCUUAUAGGCAAAUUGGUACGGGUCCAGGCUGGGUGGUAUGAAGGUUGUGAUGACGAUGAUGAUGAUGAUGAUGAUGAUUAUGAGACAAAAGUUUGACACAGGAGACCCUGAACUGGUGAGCAGAAAACCUUUACUAGUCCAGACUGGGGCAUUUCACAUUCGUAUCUCCAGAAGCUGGUCUCCACAGCUUUCAAACAUUGACUGUUGAUAAAAUGAGGUGAUGUAACACAAUGGUUACUAAUUUAGUUGUGCCUCUCUCUAAUUUUGGGUCACCCUUUUUCAGGUCUUUGUCUCUCCAUGAAAGACUUUGAACAGGCUCUGAAGGGAUUCACACCUCCCUCGUUGUGGGGUGCAGAUCUCCACGAUCCAAGUGGAGUGGGACUGGAGAGAGUUGGGGGUCUGAAGGAGGUUCGACAACAGCUGAUGGAUACCAUCCUGCUGCCUGCUAAGGUGGGUGUUAAACGGAACUCCAGGGUGUUUUCAUACAUAUGGAAGCACCACAGAACAGAAGCAGUAAAAUAAUAUAAAAGUUUGUUUUACACUUUUUGUUUUGACUUUUGAAGAGAAGACUCAGAAUUAAAAGUCUGAAACCAAAAUUAGCUUUAAAUGUGAGACUCUUUCAAUUUAGAGCUCUUAUGUCUAAAGUUCACUCAAGCUACAGCAAGAACCUCAUGUAAACAGUUUCUGUAUAAUGUGAUAUAAUGAAAAAAUGAGACUCCAAUUAACCAGCAAAGUCCCAAAAAGACUUAGAUCUGUAUGUAGUUUUAUGAGCUGCAAAGCCAUUCAGAGAAGGUUGAUUGUUUGGUGACUGUAUAAUUUAUUUUGAUCCUUUCUAUCAUUGGAUUUUGGAUGCCGGCAAACCUUUUUCUCUGUCACUGUUAUUGGCCUGAGACUGUUACUUUUCACUGUACUGUCAUCUGUAGAUUUAGCUUUGCUUUGAUUUGAAUCGUAUUAUGUUGAAUACCAGAGAUAUAAAAGCAUUUUUUUCUUUUUCCAUCACACAAAAGAGGUACAGGAACAUUGUCUUCACACACAUCAGUCGACAUCACUCAUCACACAGAAACACCAAACUCUUAAUAUUUGCUCCUGGGUCUCUGAUGUGUUGCAGUAUCCUGUUCUGUUCUCCAAUCUCCCAAUCCGUCACCGCUCAGGAAUACUGCUGUACGGAGCUCCUGGUACAGGGAAGACUUUGCUGGCCAGAGCUGUCGCCAAAGACAGCGGCAUGAACUUCAUCAGCGUCAAGGUGGGCGGGGCUUAAUGCUGCUACAGCUUGAAUAAAUCAGACCUGUAUGUGUCUGAACUGAUGCAGGACUUAAACUUUUUUCCAGGGACCUGAACUUUUGAGUAAGUACAUUGGAGCCAGCGAGCAGGCAGUCCGUGAUGUCUUUCAGAGGUCAGUGGACAUGAAACACUGUCUCGGUCUUUGUUUCUUAUUUUUAAAGGCUCCACAAACAAAAAUACAGGAGAUUAAAAAAUACUGUUUUUCUUCUCUUUGCCGCAGGGCACAAGCUGCCAAGCCGUGCAUCCUGUUCUUUGAUGAGUUUGAUUCCCUGGCACCCAGGAGGGGACACGACAGCACAGGUGUGACCGACCGAGUGGUCAACCAGCUCCUGACUCAGCUGGACGGAGUUGAGGGACUGCAAGGUAAGUCAUACAGCAGUUAACCAGUGUGUUGUUUGUGUUCACCAAAUUCACUUUAAAGGGAUAUUCUGGCGUAAAUUUAAGUUAGGGUCAAACACACUGCAACAUCAAGUUUGACACUCCCUCGCGAGAUGAAUGUUGAUGAAGUUAGGUGCUGUUCUGAGCAUUAUUUGUGGCUAUAGAGUGACUUUUGGCUGAGGUUUGUGCAUGGAGGUGUAGAUCAGUGUGUAUUGCUAUCAUGCAGUCAUUACUUAAGUUGGUAUAAGUAGAGAAGCAAGCAGUCAGCAACAUUCAUCUCUCGAGGGGGAGUCUAACUCGGUGUUACAGUGUGUUUGACUAUAACUUUGCGCCGAAAUGUCCCUUUCAGAUCUCAUGGCUUCACAGUAUUUGGUUGGCAGAUUUUUGUGCCUCAGUUCUUUUCUCAAAGUUCAUAAUCAUCUGGUGUCUAUUAUUCAUGCCUGUCUCUGUAAUAAAGGGAGCAGCAUGGCCAAAUCUCCCAAAAUGAUCUGUAACUAACUAAACAAGGAUCCUGCGUGUUCACAUUUGCAGGUGUGUACAUGUUAGCUGCCACCAGCCGUCCAGACCUGAUUGACCCGGCCCUUCUAAGACCCGGAAGACUGGAUAAGUCCCUCUACUGCCCCCCUCCUGACCAGGUAACGACUUGUUCUCAGAUUUUUAUUGAAUGUGCAAAAAGCCAAAAAAGACAGAAACUUAUUCAGACUCUUUGAGGAUUCAACUCAGACCUCUAAUGACGGACUUCUCCCUCUUGUGUCACAUCUCCAGGAGGCUCGUGUGGAGAUCCUGAAGGCUCUGAGUGUUGGUGUCACUCUGGCACCUGACGUGGACCUGGAGCAGCUGGCAGCAGUGACGGAGCAAUUCACAGGAGCAGACCUGAAGGCUUUGCUCUACAACGCUCAGCUUGAGGCUGUCCACAGCAGCUUGGCCUCCAGCACGCUGCAUGUAAGGCUGUUUUUAUCUUCUUAUUUUGCUCUGAGAUGGAAAUGCUCUGUGCUAAGACAGCAGGGGAGGGCAAAGAAGUGUUGACCGAUCUGUUUCAAGUUUAGGGUUCAAGAUGGAGCUGAGCACACAUUGUUUUUCCAAGUGAAGUACAGCAGAAGUUUUGUUUGCACCAAAACAUACUUGUUUUCUAUAACUGGACUUUGGUCUCUUUCAGGAGCUGACCUCCGGCUCUGAGAGCGACAUGAGCUUGUCCUCCAUGAUCUUCCCGAACAACAGCAGCAGCUCUGACGACUCAGUGGGGGAAGGGGACCCAGGUGUGAUUCUGGACCAGUCUAUGGUUCUCCUAGAGUCCAGUGACCUUCAAACAGACGGUGAACAGUAUUGCAGCAACGUCUGGAGGCUCUACUUUGGAAGCUCGUACGAAUCAGAGUCGAGGAAUUCACCUGUUUCAGGACUGGUGAGUAGUACGGUCAAAACACCUGUCAGUGUUAGUCACUAACAAUAAAAGCCUGAAUGACACAUCGGCCCACUUUGAGCUCAUUCCUUACCUUAUCUCAUAGGACUGCAGCGCAUGGCUCCUGUUUCAAAACGGUUUAUUUUCAAGUAGCAUUUAUUUUUAGUCUUAAAAUCAGGCUACUCCAGUGAAUAAUGAUGAAACAGUUUGUUGUGUUGUGCACUUUUCCAGAUCAUGUCCUUUAAACAACAGAUUUAAACUUUAAAUCUGUAAAGUAAAUAUUUAAAGAAACAUGCUUAACAUGUAGUUUACCUAAGUCCAGAAAAAUUCCACAAUUCUACCUUAGUUGGAUAAAACUCACUCGCAGAUUGUAUACUCAUUAACAAAGCUCUCUAUUAAAAACAAUGUACAAACAUACAAACAGGUUAACACCCAGUUAUUUCUUAACAACGUUCAUUUAACAAUGUUCAGGGUGUUUGAUCACAUGUCAGGGUGUGUGCGUGUGUGUGCGCAUUUGUAAAUUGUGUUUGUAUAUAGAAAAGUAAAAUAAAAGAAACAAGAGGAAAAGGAAAAAAAUAAAUCAUAUAAUAUUUUUGUAGUUGUUUAUGUUGACUCACUUGUCUUGUUCUGUCUGAUAUCACCAAAAUAAAAAUAAAAAUAAUUAAAAAAAAGUAAAAAUAAAAAAAGGUAUGCAGGCAUCUAAAAACAUAAAAAAAAAUAAUAAUAAUAAUCAAAGCUCUCUAUAAUUGCUGUCCCCAGUGCUGCAGAAGGUUUCCACUCUGGUUGUUUGUGUCUAUUUUAACUCUCCAUCUCCCCUGUCAGAACUGCCACUGCGCCUCUGGACCGAACUCCAUGACCCAUGACUGUACCAAACCAGGGUUUCGUGACCCGAGUUGCUCUGUCCCUCCCGCCUUUAUGUCUUCCCUGCAGAGCGGGUUUGAGGAGCUUGGUCCUGAGCAGCUGGAGCGGCUGCAAGAAGACAUAAAAAGCAUCAAGAAUAGCUACAGGUGGACAAAUGUAAGUAAAACAUGAGCAAUGAAACAUUAGAGAGCUGUUGUAUUCAGAUAUUUCUGUUGAACUUGUACUUGCUGAGUUAGAACUUUAAAUUGGACACUUCUCUAAUAGGUAGUGUUUGAUUCUGAAUUAAUUAAUGCGCUCUUUAACUCCUGUGGUGUGUAUUUGUGUGUGUGUGUGUAGGAGGAGUGUGUCCGGGUGCGUUCAGCCUCCAGUCAGCCGGGCCUGCUGCUGUGUCAGGCUCAUGUGAACUCUGCCCUGACUGUGACCAGACCGUCUCUCAGCAAAACCGACUGGCAGAAAUACACAAAACUGUAAGUGUGAGGGAAAAACAGCCAACUGUGCAGGGAUGAGAACAGAUCACUCUGGGGGUUGGUUUAUCAAACACAUAAAACAAAAAUGGUUUACUCUGCAAGAAGUUAGGAAAUAGUGAGUUUGAGUUUACAUCAAAUUCGAGUAAGUAUAUUUAAAGGUUGAGUUAGCAGCAGAAAUUGUCGAGGUUAUGAGCUUGUAGAGUCUCAGCUGCAGGAGGAAAUGAAAACAUUUCACAGUUAGAGCUCCUGCCAAGAAACAGUAAUAGAGAAAUAUGAGUUAUUAAAGUCAUUCUGUCUGUAUUCAAAUUUUUUAUUAAGUUGAAUUACUUUGUUUUGCAUUUUGUGAAUUGCUGGGGGGCAAAGCUGAAAAGAGAAACUGUACUAUAAACUGUAGGGCUGCUGACUCAUUUUUAGAGUCAAAUAUAAGAAUAGAUAUUAGAAAUAUUGCAGUUCAUCCUUUUGUUUGUCUGUGGAAUCGAUAUAAUUAAAGUCAAUAAGUAUAUAUUUAACUAACUGAUUUCUCUCCUUUUUUCUUCAAGGUAUGAAACAUUUGGUGGUGCAGAAGACGGAAAAUCUCUUCACUCGCUUCCUUUUAAACCUGGACAGCGUGUCACUCUGGCUUAAUGAGGGGCUUCAAUUUCGUGAUGUCAUUUUUUAUUACUAAAAAUAUUAAUUAUGAAUCUCUGAUUAUUCAGCACUGAGUCAGAGCUUUGAAAUAACUGUAAAUCUGUAUUUUGUUCAUAUGAUUCCUACUUAGAACUUUUAAUCGGAUAUUUAUGCACUGAAAAUGUAAUUAGUGUACAUAUGUAAAAUGUGUAUGAAUUAUGUAAUUGUUAUAAUUAAAGACCCACUUCAAUGAAAA